AUGCGACUCACCGUGGAGCUAAUUCAGAAUUCCCUCUCCUACCUCAACCCACUCAAAGAACGAGAACUUGAUCUCAGAGGCCAUAAAAUUCCCGCUAUUGAGAAUAUGGGUGCUGCGAAGGACCAUGACGCCAUCGACUUCACUGACAACGACAUCUCCUCGAUCUCCAACUUCCCCUUCUCCCCACGUCUCCGUACCUUGCUUCUAGCUCGAAAUCGCGUGUCGCAUAUCCACCCGUCAAUAGCAACUUCGAUCCCGAACCUAACGACACUAAUUCUCACCGCGAAUAACGUUGCAGAGCUAGCGGAUCUAGAACCGUUGAAGAAUCUAACGAGACUUACGCAUUUGUCGCUGCUGGAGAAUCCGGUGACGCGGAAGGAUAACUACCGCCUCUGGGUAAUCUUCCUCAUUCCAACGGUGCGUUUCCUCGACUACCAGAAAGUCAAGGACGUAGAACGAAACUGUGCUGCCGAACUUUUUGGCACCACUUCCAAACUCACAGCCCUCGCCUCCAAAGUCAUGGGAAUUAAAUCCCGAACAUUCGAUGUCCCUGGCUCCACACUCAAGAAUUCAACAGCGCGUAUUGCAUCAGAAGAGCAGCCUGGUGGAAGGCCAAUUCGUGUUAAACUUACCGAGAAGGAGCGGAAACGAGUGGAGAAAAUGAUCCGGGAAGCGAAGAGCUUACAGGAAAUCACAAGGUUGGAACGAGAGUUGAAUGAGGGGAGGGUACCGGGGGGUGCGCUGGGAGAUGAAAGCGAUUACGAAGAUAAUGAUACUGAUAUGAAGAUGUGA